GCAGCGGAAAGACUUCCGGGUUUGCCGACUUCGGAAGUCGAAACCUUCGGAAGUCGAGUCAUUCGGAUGUCAAGGUACCACUGUAGUCCAUACUAAGCUCUCUUAAUGAAUUGGGGGGUGGGGGAGAGAGACUUUUUAAUGUGGUAAGCAACCCCUGAAAAGCUAGGACUGAUUUGUGAUCCAAAGAAAAGGCGGAGGUAAACACUUUGCAAUAAGGUUGUGUAAAAAUUUUAACAGGCACAUCCAAGGGGGGUGAGGAAGAGAGACCAUAAGCUGUGCAGCUGCAAAAUAUUGGGCAAGUCCUUAUCUACAUGGUUGCAUUUCACCACAGGGCCAGUAUGUUGUAGGAGAGUUUUGUGCUUAGAGCAGGGAGAUUUGCCUUAAAAUUCCUGCUCCUCCCUGAAGCUCCCUAGGUGGUCUUUGGGUACUUGCUGUCACUCAGCCAAACCUGCUUCACAAGUUUAUUGGGACAGCCCCUAGGUGUGGUCUUGGAAAAGAGGUAGAUUAAACAUUUAUAGUUUACAAAAAUAAUUAAAUAGUUUACAAAAAUAAUUAAAUAAUAAAGCAUCAGAUUGUCAGUUUUACUUCCACGUGUUUGGUAGGAAGUUGUCAGAGCUCAUGUUGAAGACCCAAAUACUUGUCACAGUGUACAGCCAAACCUUUUAUAUAUAUAGAUAUAGAUAUACCUGUAUAUUCCGGCGUAUAAGACAACUGGGCGUAUAAGACGACCCCCAACUUUUCCAGUUAAAAUAUAGAGUUUGGGAUAUACUUGAUGUAUAAGAGAUACGACCCGGCGUAUAAGACGACCCCCGACUUUUGAGAAUAUUUUCCUGGGUUAAAAAGUAGUCUUAUACGCAGGAAUAUACUGUAGAUAUAGAGAUGAUAGAUAGAUAGAUAGAUAGAUAGAUAGAUAGAUAGAUAAUGGUGAGAGAUUACAGCACACCUAUUCCCACUCCCUCCAAAAACCAAGGUGGUUUUCUCUGCAGCAAGGGAUUUCCUAUUCUUCUCCCCUACUCUGCAUCUUAUAGAGACUUUGUACAGCCCUGUUUUCAUUUGCUUGGGUGACAUGGAACAAGUAAAAGUUCGUUGAAAGUGGUGUUUCCUUAAGUAGUAAAUCUGCACUAACAGCUGAGAAAGGUAAAUAAAUGAAUUAUUUGAUGCCAAACAUUCAAUUCAAAAAUACUGUGUGUAUAGUUAAGUAAGAAAUCGAAUGGCAAUGACUGAAACUCAGAAUUUGGCAUUUAGUGUUUACAUGGCAGUGGGGUUAGAGAGAGGCUAUUGGCUGAAAUCAGUGUGAUGUGACGUGAAUGGCAAAAGGCGGGUUGCUGAGCAAAGCAGAGCUGCAGAGCAGGAUAUUCCACAUCUACCAGCAGAGGUGGAUCUGGAAGAAAGCCAGAUGUGGUUUGUGAAAGCAACAAUAGCUUAAGGUGGUCUUGCAGAAAGGCAGAAGAAUAAGGAUGUUAUUAACACCAAUGAAGGCUCCUUUGUUGUUUAAUCUUGGGUACUAGAACAGCAAGAUAAUAAACUUGCACAUGCCACGUCUACUGUGCCUCAUUUGGAGGAAUAAGUAUUCAGAGCAACUUCCUCAAACUAAAAAUGUUGCAGGAGCUUUCCGUUCAGAUCAUGGGAGCAUUUCGAUGAUCCAGCACAACAGUAACUAGGAAAUUAGAAGGAAAUGUCUUUGAAAACAAGGUUGGUUGUGAAAGAAGUAGCUCCUGGGGAUGUUAAUGCGCCAAUAUGCUGCUCUGCUCGCCUCAGCUUAGCGAUCUGGGCCUUCUUGGGAUUCUUUCUCUUAUAUGCACUUCGUGUCAAUUUAAGUGUUGCCCUGGUGGACAUGGUAGAAUCAAAUGCAAGCUUGACCAAAAAUACUUCUUCAAAUGUGUGCGAAGACCAUUCUUCUACCCCAGUUGUUCCUCGUAACACUACGGGGAAAAAGUAUCCGUGGGAUGCAAAUACUCAAGGCUGGAUCCUUGGUUCCUUCUUCUACGGCUACAUCAUUACACAGGUUCCUGGUGGAUAUCUUGCCCGCCAGUUUGGCGGAAAGAAGCUGUUGGGGUUUGGCAUCCUGGGCACUGCCAUUUUCACCUUGUUCACACCUUUGGCAGCAGAUUUAGGAGUUGGCUACCUCAUAGCUGUCAGAGCUUUGGAAGGCCUGGGUGAGGGUGUCACCUUUCCUGCCAUGCAUGCCAUGUGGUCCUGUUGGGCUCCUCCACUGGAACGCAGUAAACUUCUUAGUAUUUCAUAUGCAGGUGCGCAGCUAGGAACUGUUGUGUCUCUUCCGUUGUCUGGCUUGAUCUGUUUUUAUAUGAAUUGGAUUUAUGUGUUCUACAUAUUUGGUGCCCUAGGUGUGCUGUGGUUCAUCUUCUGGAUGUUGAUAGUUAGUGAUACACCAGAAACACACAAGAGAAUUUCCCAUGCAGAAAAGGAGUACAUCCUCUCCUCCCUUACAGAUCAGCUUUCUACUCAGAAAUCCAUCCCUUGGGAAGCCAUACUGACGUCGCUUCCACUCUGGGCUAUCGUUGUAGCACACUUUUCUUAUAACUGGACUUUCUACACACUCCUUACCCUAUUGCCUACUUACAUGAAGGAAAUUCUGAGGUUUGAUGUGCAGGAGAAUGGAUUUUUAUCUGCACUGCCUUAUUUCGGCUGCUGGAUUUGUAUCAUUCUGUCUGGUCAAUUCGCUGAUUAUUUGCGGGAAAAGCAUAACAUGCCCACCGUAUGUGUUCGCAAAACAUUUACUCUGAUAGGAAUGAUUGGACCUGCGGUUUUCCUUGUAGCAGCUGGAUUCAUAGGCUGUGAUUAUGAAAUGGCUGUUGCAUUUGUAACCAUAUCCACAACACUAGGGGGGUUUUCUACAUCUGGAUACAGCAUCAACCACCUCGAUAUUGCACCAUCAUAUGCUGGCAUCCUCCUUGGAAUUACAAAUUCAUUUGGCACUAUCCCAGGAAUGGUGGGACCAGUUGUUGCUAAAGAACUAACUCAUAGUAAUACUGUGGGAGAAUGGCAGACUGUCUUCUAUAUCGCCGCUGGCAUAAACUUAUUUGGAGCCAUCUUCUUUGCAUUAUUCAGCAGCGGAGAAGUUCAAGACUGGGCACUCAAUGGCUACCACAUGCACAGGAACUGAAGGAACCCUGGGGUUAAUCACCGCCACACAUUGCAAUCAUGUGACCUGGAACGCCUUUCACAUGAUGUUUGCAAAGCCGAUUGCGAGCCUUUCUUGUUGCAGCUGGAAAAUGUUUCACAUUUCAAUAUGCUGAUUCUGUAAGAAGAAUGUGGGAUCCAGUCUUACACAAUCGAUUGGUGUCAGAUACCUGUGACACAUUCUAAUCAAUGUCUCGACUUUUUAAAAAUGUGCCUGAAUUAAAUUUUAGUUGGAGGGGGUGUAAGACAGAAAAAAUAUGACAUUUUGUUGGUUAAGGUAAUUUUAAGUAAUGGUUGUUAGAAUUAUUGCUGGUUUUAGCUGUAUUUAUUUAUCUUGUAUGAUUAAUCCAAAAAGUAAUGGAAAUUAAAAACAGGGAAUUAUUCCAUGUGCCCUCUUAAAAUAUGUAUUUGUCAGCAUGUAUCCACUGUGACAGGAAUGGGGAACCUCUAACUUUCCAUAUGUGGCUGGACUACAACUCCCAUCCUCCCUCACCUUUGGCCGGGGCUGAUGGGAGCUGGAGUCCAACAACAUUUGGAGGGCCUGCCUCUCUGCUCAGGCCUUGCUUUUGAACUUCCCAUAGUCAUCAGGUUGACCGCUAUGAGAACAGGAUGCUGGGCCUAGAUGGGAAGUAGGCCGAAUCCAGCAGGCUCUUCCUAUCUUCCCUGUGCUGUGUGGUUUAACCAGACCUGUGAAGCACAAACACUGCUAAAUCAUGGAGGAAAAUAAGCCCAAAAUCUUUUACUACAUGGAGAAAUUCAGCAAUGAUGUUGAUUUGAAGGAACGGUUUCUCUUUCCCCUCCUUUCCCCCCCCCCUCACUGUCCUAAUACUCAUUUUGAGCAACAAACCACAAUUAUCCAGGCAGAAUAAGACCAAGUGGCAGCAGGAUCAUACUAAACGUUGGUGGCAAAAUAUGUACCAACCGAAUCCUGUGCAUACGGUAUAUACUUAAAGUCCCCCUGGGGCUUCAGUGGGACUUAUUCCCAGGUAAGUGAUUACAAGAUUGCAGCCGAAUUGACUAUUAUGUUUCUGAAUGAAUAUAAAAGUAAAGGUAAAGGGACCCCUGACCAUUAGGUCCAGUCGUGACCGACUCUGGGGUUGCGCGCUCAUCUCACAUUAUUGGCCGAGGGAGCCGGCGUAUAGCUUCUAGGUCAUGUGGCCAGCAUGACAAAGCCACUUCUGGCAAACCAGAGCAGCACACGGAAACACCGUUUACCUUCCCGCUGUAGCGGUUCCUAUUUAUCUACUUGCAUUUUUGACGUGCUUUCGAACUGCUAGGUUGGCAGGAGCUGGGACCGAGCAACGGGAGCUCACCCCGUCACAGGGAUUCGAAUCGCUGACCUUCUGAUCAGCAAGCCCUAGGCUCAGUGGUUUAACCCACAGCGCCACCUGGGUCCCUUAUACCUGAAGGUUAAACUAACAGUGUCUGCAAAGGCUCUCUUCAGGGAUUGGGUGUGCCCAUGUAACUGCUUCAGAAUCCUUCAGCCCCUUAGCCAGUCAUUGACUUCUGUCAGUUCACAUUGCAGAUAAGGCCUGUGCCAGAUUAUUUUGUCACAAUGAGAUCCAGAAUACUAGUAAGGGGUUGGCCAACGUUGCAUUGCACCUUCUUUUUCAGAGGAUAUUUCCCUAACUUCAUAUUUGAUGCUAGCAUACCAAACUGGAAAUGGAGGGAAUAUCCAUGCACAGAACCACCUAAGAGAUACAAGGAAGAAAAGAAAAGCUUUUUAGAACAGGUUUUGGGAUUCUUCUCGUACCCGUGCUGAGUUUUUUAUUUUAAAAAACCCCAAAAAUAGCGAAGAGCAGCAUUGGGGUUUCUCCACUAUUGCUGUGGUUUGGAAAGCCACACCACACCCCGGUCAGAAGACAGCCUCCAGAAGUAGAGCUGAGGUUUCAUGUCUACACACUAAGCGUAAGUGCCAUUGAGUCCACUCUGGGACAUAAUUCUGAAGAUCUCUGCCUUGUACGAUGGAAAUGUGAACUUCCGUAGCACUGAAUGUGCAGUUGUGAGUGGGAAUGACAUGUUGGGCUAGGCAGCUGAGGCUUUGGCCUCAAUAUAGAGUACUUACUAGAACACAACAGGCUAAAUGGUCCUCUCUUGGAUCAUUCCAGGUGUAAAGCAAGCCAAAGGGGGGACACACUUUGGUGUUCCUUCCACCAACCCAAAGGGAAACCUGAUACACCUCCCACACACUGCUCCAGUGGAGCCCAGUCGACUUCAUUUCUGAGAAAUGACAGGUUACUUUUGUUUGCCAGCUUUACAUACAUUUUAAUUUGCAUUGAAAUGUUAUUAUAAUGACAUCUUGUCAGCUGUGUUGUAUUUUGCAACUUUCAGUGUAAUAAACAGUGUGGGCAUUUUGGUUGGUGUGUUUUGUGUGCUACCAUGCAACUACAGACCCUAAUGUGAAGGCUGCCAUUAGUAAUAUAGCAGUAGGUUUUGCUUUUUUGGAAGGGACACCCGUGUUGCAGCACACACUUGACUGGUGACUCUUCGUGUCUGUAAUCGCUAUAUGCUCAGCCUCGUUCAGCUUCUGUAUUCGAGGCAACCAAUGGUGAUUCUUUGGGUGCUAGAAUGGAUAUCUAAAGUGGGGGUUCUGGAGGGGUGGUGGGAAGAAACCCAACUGCAAAAUGGCACACCUCCUGCUGCCCACCUUCCAUGGGAUCCUCUCGUGGCAGGAGGGGGCCUAUGAAGGACAGGAGGAAAGUGAGAAAUAUGUUAAGAAAAGAAUGAGAUAAGUUCAUAUAUUAGGCAUAGAUAUUGGAAUGUUUGUUCUAAGAAUAAGAAUUGAAAUUG